GUUUUGACAUGUGCAAAGUCGGUGCUGUGCUGUUUCAACUUGGUUCCAAGUUUUGUUAUUGUUGACUGUAACUGACGGCAGCAUGACGAGCAGUGUGUGGAUGGGGGAUCUGGAGCCUUAUAUGGAUGAAGCAUUUGUAAUAGAAGCUUUUGCAUCUGUGGGUGAAAAAGUACUCAAUGUGAAGAUCAUUAGAAAUAAAUACACAAGAAUUCCACAAGGUUACUGCUUUGUAGAUUUUGGCAGUGACGAAAUUGCUAAAGCUAUUCUUAGAAAAUAUAAUGGUAAACCACUGCCAGGAUCAAAUAAUUCUAAAAGAUUUAAACUAAACUUUGCAGCAUAUGGUCAAAGUUACCAGUCGCCAGAAUUUUCUCUUUUUGUUGGCGAGCUGACACCUGAGGUAGAUAACUGUGCAUUGCAUGAAUUUUUUGCAAAACGUUACUACACGUGUAAAGCUGCUAAUGUUGUGCUAGAUCCAAUGGGGCAUUCCAGAGGCUACGGUUUUGUUCGUUUUAGCAAUGAAGAGGACCAACAGAGAGCUCUUAUUGAAAUGAAUCAAGUUACUGGUCUUGGAGGAAAAAGCAUCAAAGUUGCUCUAGCAACACCUAAAAGACCAAUAACAGCUGUUCAGUCGUCCACACAACACCAACCGUCAUCCCAGAAUUAUGGCGACUAUUAUCAACAAUACCAGCAACAAUAUCACAACUAUUAUGCAGCUUGGAAUAGCUAUCCGUCUUCUCAGCAGCAAACAGCCGCUGACACCUCAGUAACAUCAUAUAGCCAGUGUGAAACCAGUAACCAUGGUAACACAUCAAUGAAAAGUAGCAUUAGUGAAGAUGAUGUUUUUGAAGAUAUUGAUAUAUCGGUAGAUGUGGACAAAGCUAAUGCAGAAUUCAUUUCAAAACAUGAAGAACUCUUUGAAGCUGUUGAAAAUUCAAGAUGGCAGCCGCUUGACAACGUGAUGUCAGAGAUUCCUGGUUUAGCAAUCAUGUCAUGACUCCCAUAAUGCAUUGGGAGGUAUUGAUAGAAUUGCACUGUUUUGCAUAUUUCUGGAUGCAUAGGCCCUGAGCCUUCAAUCAACCGAUAGACAUUUGCAUGUUGUUUAUCUUGCCCUUGUAGUCAAAAUGUUUCUCCAUAUAAGGCAGUAACAACUUUCUCCUUAUAAGACAGUAACAACAUUCUUCUUAUAAGGCAGUAACAACUUUCUCCUUAUAAGACAGUAACAACUUUUUCCUUAUAAGGCAGUAACAACAUUCUUCUUAUA